GUCGGACUGUAACAGAAGAGGGGAGAAAUCUUCUUCUGAGCUGCUUGAGUGGGCUGGGGGCGCCCGCUAGGCCCUCCCCCGCCGAGGCGGAGCCACGUCCCCGCUGCCAGGCCCCUUGGCUGCUUGUUGUUCUCUGCUGCUGCUGCUGCUGCGCCUUCCCUCUCUCAGACGCCUCUCUGGCACCAUGAGUGGGGCCGGCGUGCGUGCUGGGCUGCGGCUGCUGCCGCGCUUGGCGGCGGCCCCCUCCGCCCCCUACUGCACCCGCUUCGGGGUGGAGGCCCCCGGGGCUGCAGCCGCCCAAGCCCCUCAGCCCAGGCCACCCUAUGGGAGUCGGAAGCCCCACGCACGACGGGUGGCGGGGGCCACAGCUGCUGCAGACGAAGACCCGGCAGCCCGAGCCUUCUCCAGCAGCGCUCCGGCUCCAGGAGCGGACAACAAAAGCUUUCUGUGGGCGCGCUACGGGGAGAUGAAGCGGCUGGUGCAGGAUUUGCUUCCUCCUGGCGUCUGCAAUCUUCUGAAUCCUUCAACCAUCUACUCCAACAAUGAGAUUUCCCUGAGUACCAUCGGGGUCUAUGGCUUUGACUAUGACUACACGCUAGCCCAAUACUCGCCUGCCCUCCACUCCCGGAUCUACAACACUGCUCGGGAUAUUCUUGUGGAGCAGUAUAAGUAUCCAAAUGGCAUCCUGAAGUAUGAAUACUGGCCCAACUUUGCCAUCCGGGGCUUGCACUACGACAUUGCCAAGGGCUUGCUUAUGAAGAUAGAUGCCUUUCACUACAUCCAACUGGGCACUGUAUACCGAGGCUUGAAGCCUGUUCCAGAUGAGGAAGUGCUGGAGAUGUAUGAUGGCACCCACCACAUCCCUCUGCACCAAGCCAGUGGCUUCUAUGGCAAGGGCCCAGCCAUAAAGCAGUUCAUGGACAUCUUCUCUCUGCCGGAAAUGACCCUCCUGGCUGUAGCUAAUGACUUCUUCAUCAGCAAUGACAUUGACUAUGACCCCAUUCAUCUCUACAAAGAUGUAACGGAUGCCAUCCGGGAUGUGCAUAUUAAAGGUUUUAUGUACAAGUGGAUCAUGCAGGAUCUGGAAAAGUACAUUCUGCAUGGAGAUGAGACGUAUGCUGUGCUUCACCGCUUGGCCAAAAGUGGCAAGAAGCUCUUCCUCAUCACCAACAGCCCUUUCAGCUUUGUUGACAAAGGGAUGCGGUACAUGGUGGGUAAAGAUUGGCGGGACUUCUUUGAUGUGGUCAUAGUCCAGGCAGACAAGCCGCAUUUCUUCAAUGACUGUGUCAAACCUUUUCGGCGACUGGACAGCAAUGGAGACCUGCAGUGGGAUAAAAUAAAUAAGCUGGAGAAGGGGCAGGUGUACAAGCAGGGCAACCUCUUUGACUUCCUCCGCCUUACAGGUUGGCGCGGAUCCAAAGUUCUCUACUUCGGAGACCAUCUCUACAGUGACCUCGCGGAUCUGAUGCUGCGCCACGGCUGGCGGACAGGGGCCAUAGUGCCUGAGCUGGAGGCAGAGACUAAAAUGGUGAACACAGAGCAGUACUCGCAAGCCCUCACCUGGUUGCAGGCCUUGACCGGGCUGCUGGAGCGCAUGCAGAUGUUCCAGGACUCGGAAUCCCAGCAGGUGCUACAGGACUGGAUGAAGGAGAGGCACGAGCUCAGGGCACUCACCAAGAACCUCUUCAACCCCCAGUUUGGCAGCAUCUUUCGCACGUGCCACAACCCCACCUACUUCUCACGCCGCCUGUGCCGCUUCUCGGACGUCUACAUGGCCUCACUCAGCUGCUUGCUGAACUAUGACCUCAACUACACCUUUUAUCCGAGGCGCACCCCGUUGCAGCACGAAGCGCCCCUCUGGAUGGACCAGCUCUGCACGGGCUGCAUGAAGACGCCCUUCUUGGAGGAGAUGGCACACAUCCGCUAGGGACCAUGGCGGGGCGCCAGAGCUUCCUGUCCCUUUGGUUUCAUGCCCUCAACAGCAAUGGCAUGCUGACUUCAGCCUUUAUAGUCUGCCUCCUUUAAUUAGAAACCUUAUGGUCCACCGAGGUGUGUUCUUGAAUUUACAGAGCAAGAGUGCAUAUUGGGGGUUCGUUAAAGGCAUAACAGACUUGUGUUGAAUGAUCCCGAGCAUGCCUUUUUACUUAAGAACGUAAGUGUUUUGCUUGAUCAGGCCACGAUUCAACUAGUCCAGUGCUUUUUGUAAGAAUCCCAGCAGGCACAAGGUGAUCUACUAUGAAGUUGGACAGUGGUCAGUCUUCAGUCCAGUGCUACUCUAGGGAGUUUGAAAUGGCUUUCUCCAUGUCCACAAAUGGAGCAUCUUGGACUGGACUUUUGUUCACUCUGUUUUGUCUUGGGGUAGAUGUGCACCCCCUGUAAACACUCAGCUGCCACUAAGGGAGGGGGAUCCUUAGUUUUGUUGCUCUAUCCGCACAAGCUGCUCAGCCUUCUUUGGGACUCUGCAGAACUGCACAAGUUGCUGCAGUGCUUGAGGUUUACAUUCCCCCACACUCACUCCUUUUUUUUUUGGCUUGUGACAGGGAGUGCUACAGGUACUUUUGGGGAGAGGGGGAAUUGGGAUCCUGUCUCCCAGUGAAGUGGGAGUGGCAGGAGGUGCUAUGGGAGGGAAAUAUUCUUAGCUGAUAACUGGUAUUUUGUAAUUUUAAUAAAGAUCAGUGUAAAACUUG